GCGCAUCGGACUUGGCGGCGGCAGCGAGAGCGAGCGAGGCGAGAUCAACUCCAGCAGACUCCGCUGUUUCUCGUGUUCUUUGAGAGCGAAAAUGCCUGGGCUGUCUUGAAGGUGCCGCGUUAAGCUAACGCUGGUUUAAAACUGUGAAGGAACUCAGUUGGAACUGGGAACGCGAUGUAGGGUGCCAACAAGGUUCUCCCAUUCUUUGACAGUCUUUGACAGCCCAGCCCGCCAAGCCCUCCUCCCUUGUCUGCUCUGUCUGCUGUCAUUCAAUUCACUGGUGGGGUAGUCCCGAAAGGGGGCACAACGACAUAGUGGUUUACACCGGCCAAGAAAAGCAGUUUCCUCGCUCCAGAAUUUAAGCUAGAAGAUGGACGAGUGCGAAGAGGGGGAAAUCGUGGACUUUGACGACGAUGAUGAGGUUUACAGACCCCUGGAGCGACCUUCCCGGCCCGACCCCGCUGUGCAAGUGCAACGACCAAGAAUCGUUGAAAGUGAUUCUGAGGAUGUCAGUGAUAGCAGCUCAGACUCAGAUUCUGACUCUGGACCCAAAUCGGCAAAGAAGCGAAAGAUGCACAAGGUGAAACCACCUCAUCAGUCCAGGCGAGAUGGUCCCCCAGCUGGGCAUAGUGGCGCAAGAAUCCGGAAAAAUAAUGUGUGGACCGCAAGCGUUCAGGAGGAGACUAUUAUUAAUGAUUUAGAAAAUAUUGACGGUUUGCAAAAGUACUCUCGUGAGCGUGGAGUUGAAUCUUAUGAUUUUACUCUAAAUCAUGACAGAAUGUCUGAUGAUGAUAAUCUUAGUAAUAAUGAUGAGGCCAAUGAGAAGCAAGAACCAGAUAAUAUGAAUGAUGAUAUGUCAUUGGACUCUAAUAUAGACUUAAGAAGUAAACUAUCCAAUAAAAGACGUUUUGAUGAAAGGGGUAGUGUGAAACAAAGGCUUGGAAGACGCCCAAGUCCAUCUGACCUUCCCUCUGAUGUUGAUGAUAGGUUAUUGCAACGAAAGAUUAUUCCAGACUUGAUCACAUCAACCACAGAUUCUGUUGAUGAAAUAGCAAGAAACAUGGCCAAAAACUUGCAAGAAACCAAGGAAGAAUUGAUUGUGCGAAUAUUAAACAUACUGGGGAAGGAUAGAGCAUUUUCAAUAUAUGAGCAUACACAGAGGAUAGAGUCUGAAGGGGGGAUGCUAAUAAUGAAUGGAUCUCGGAGAAGAUCAGCAGGAGGGGUAUUCUUUUUUCUGGUGAAGAAUGAUGACACAGUUUCUCAAGAAAAUAGGCGGUUAAUAUUUGAGGAGGAUACCAAACUCAAUGCGAAAGAAAUUCGAAAGCAUCGUAGAGCAGCUCGGAAAAAGCAACUUGAGAAAGAGAGAAGAAAACUCUCUGAUGACAUGGCCCGAAAUGCUGAUUUGCCCAGUCUUCUUACAAGAGCAGAACUUGUUGUUCAGCAGGGAACUGCUAUGAAGAGCAAGAACAGUGAUGGUAGUGUGAGUAACCCUCCCCCAUCUCCUGCUACUGACAAUAGGGGCGAAAGUUCAAAUGACAGCCCUCCUAGCCCUCCUCAACAAAUAUUAAUUCCACCAAGUAAUCGCCACAUUGCAGAUUAUGAUGAUGAUUUCCUUGAUAUUAAUGCAGAGGACAUGGAUGAGUUCUAAAAAUUAACUUUAUCUUUCUAACAAAGUCUGCAUCACGCUUUAUCAUCACAUUGAGUAUCAUGUCUACAAACUUCCUCAAAAUUCUAUUUUCAUGUAUCAUGAAUCUAACCAUGUACAUAAUGUAUACAGUAAUGAAUAAAAAUAAAUGAUUAGGACAUUGAA